AUGUCUUCCAGCAAAAAGCACAAGCUUACCAAAACUCUACUCAUAUCCAAUAUUGCAGGUUGUGGCUGUGGCAAGCCAAAGCUCUCAGAUGUAUAUGAGCCAACUCCAAAACCCAAAACCCAAAUCCCCCAAAACCCAACUCCCCAACGACGUUCCUCUUCAAGCUCUUGUGACAAAAAUGGCAGUUUCACUGUUGAUGAUGACGAUGAUAAUGAGGACCAGUGCACCUCCACCACCAUCUCCUUCAACAACAACUCCUCCUCACACCCGUCUGAUUCAUCAGAAAGCACAAAUCCAAAGAACACCAAGUUCCCAAGCCCCAAGUGGACAAAGAUCGACGACAGCAUUGCUGUGGUGAAGGAAUCCAACGAUCCCUACCAAGACUUCAGGCAGUCUAUGCUGCAGAUGAUCGUAGAGAAGCAGAUUUAUUCAAAGGAGGAUCUACAGGAGCUGCUCAGCUGCUUUCUUGAACUCAACUCUGCAUCCCACCAUGAUGUUAUUAUCCAAGUUUUUACACAAAUCUGGAAUGAUCUGAUCAGAGAAAGUAAGAAACCGAUCAUGUGA